AUGGCAGCAAGUUCCAGCUCACAAGGACGGCGGGGGAAGGAGACUGCGGAUGAGUUGUUGGCUCGGCUGAACUUACAGGAGGAGGAGGAUGAUGACUUCAUUUGGGAAGAAGAAUUGCCGGACUUGGGGGUGCCGGCGAAGUGGCUCGCUAUAGCCCGGGUGCAUACACCAAAAUCUUUUAGCCCUAAUAAUGCUCUGUACGGGGACAUGCGAGCGACAUGGAACCCCACGAGGACUGUGGUGUGGAGGAAGAUCAAAGAUAGUCUGUUCACAGCCCAGUUUGGUUGUCUCGGUGAUUGGAACAAAGCAAUGUUGGAGGGACCCUGGCUGUUCAGAGAUCAUGCGGUAAUCAUGAAGGAGUAUGAUGGAUUCAAGAAGCCCGAGAGUGUUGUCCUGGACAAGCUGUCGGUCUGGGCUCAAAUACAUGUUCUCCUGGAUAAUUUCCUUAUAGAACGGGCAGUCAGGGGAUUGGCGUCUCGCAUCGGGGAAGUGGAGGAGGUCCAGUUGAAACUCCCGGCAGGUUUCUGUGGGGAGUUCGUCCGGGUCAGAGUGAAAAUUGAUAUAAAUGCCAAGAUAAAAUGUUUUGUUACGGGGACGAAAGGAGAAAAAAGGGUGAGAUACGAAGUGAAGUGUGAGAAACUCCCAAUCUUUUGUUAUAACUGCGGUGAAUUUGGCCACUGGCAUGAGGAGUGCGGAGAUGGAGUUCAUGAUGAGUCCACUUUUGAAUGGGGGGAGUUUUUUUUAGCUAACAAUGUGAGCUUCAGGCCUGUUGGCCGAGGGAAUUUUGGCACCCAGCAAGGCAGAGGAGGCCCCGGGAGGUCAGGGGGGUGA